GAUUAACUCCUUCAGUCAGGAAAAGAGGACAUCGCCCUGCACUAAAUAAAAUUGAUAAGAAUCCUAUAAUAGAUCAUAUUAAAUCAUUUCAACCAAACAUAUCUCAUUAUAGAAGGGGGCACGCUCCAAAACGUUUGUAUCUGCCUUCCGAGAUAAACAUAACUAUGAUGUAUAAGGAUUUUAAAUCAAAAAAUCCACAUUUUACAGGAAGUUAUGAGUUAUACAGAAAAGAAGUGUCUUCGUUGAAUAUUUCGUUUGCUCAGUUAGGAUGUGAAGAAUGUUUACCUGCACAGCAUAUAAACUGCAUAAAAAAGAGGAAAAUCAUGAGGAUCCAUGCAUUUACUUAGAUUGUGACCAAUGCUGCAAAUAUCUUCACCAUGAAGCCAAAUACCCCGCAGCCCGAAAAGAAUAUGCAAAAGAUGGGGAAAAAUUAGAAGUUGAAAGCGAAUUAACAGUAUCGGCCGAUUUAGAGAAGGUAAUUAUGCUACCAAGAGCAGAGAUGUUCAAGAAGUAAUUUUCGUACCACGGAUCACAGUUUUAACGAAAGUUUAGUGCCUGUUGGUAAGGGAAAAAAAAUAAAACCACUAGCAGUCUUGUGGCACGAAGGAAUUGCUAAACGCAGCAAAGAAGAUAUUAUUUCCGCUUAUUAUGCUUUCUUUUUAAAAAAUCGAGACAAGGAAAUUGUUACAAUUUGGAUGAAUAAUUGCUCGGCUCAGAACAAAAACUGGGCUCUUUUUUCUUUUUUUGUUUAGAUUGUUAAUAGCAAAGAAGUUAGUUUAAAAAGUCUAACAAUUAAAUAUUUCGAGCCGGGUCACUCAUUUAUGUCGGCAGACCACUUUCAUCACCAGGUGGAACUGUCGAUGAAAAAACACAAAACAGCGUGGGAUUUUGACGACUUUGUUGCCCGUGUUUCGUCAGCCAAUGGAGGCAAAACUGAUGUUAUUCAAAUGUCCUUCAAAAACUUUUUUAACUGGAAAGAUUUUUCAUCAAAAUUUAAACUCAAAAAGGAGCAAUUUUAUUUCAAAAAUUUAGUCAUCGCAACUUUUAACAGAGACGAGAAUGUAUUUCAAUAUAAAACUAAUUUUGAAGAAGAACAAUUCAAAGUUUUGAAUUUUCUUAAUAAUAAGGCAGUAAAAACUGGGAUCCCCAUGCCAGAACCUAGAGAUAGGAAUCGUGGGGUAGAUUUAACUCGAAAAGACACUUUAGUUUCUACCCUUGCUCCAAUUAUUCCAAAAACUAGUCUUAAAUUUUGGCAGGAACUGGAUGUUUAUCGUGAUCCACCUAAUGACGGUGACGAUGAGGGCGCUGCAUAAAAAUUUUGUUUGGAACUGUUUGUAGUUUUUAAUAAUGUGUUUAAAAUUUGUUUUUAAACUGUUGUAUAUCAUUUUAUACUGUUUGUAGUUUUCAAUAAUGUGUUAAAAAUUUAUUUUGUUUUAAAUCGUUUUAUACGGUUUUAAAGUUUUCAAAAUGAAAAUAAAUACUUAUUAUUUGUAAAAGUUUAAGGUGCGUCUUUGUCCUAUCUGUGGUUCAUACGAAAUUAUUUUUAAAGUUUACUAAAAAUAAUGUCCUAUCUUUCAAAAACCUAUUAUCUACUAAGGUAAUUUAACUAAUCAAAACAAUAAUAAAAUUGUAUACCAAUUAACAAGCUCUACCCAAAAUUUUAGUUUUCUUAAACGAUAUCUAAGAGGUGGUACAUAACAAAAAACUGAAACGUUUAUUUCUCAGAAAUGUUACUUUGUCAGUUAGGACGCUUCAGCUUAGCACGGCAGAAUACUAGAGCAACUUCAAAUAAAAAAAUAAUGGUAUUUAAGAUAAUUUGAAAAAACCUAAUUUUAAAAAGUUU